AUUUAUUAGUAAUGGAUUAAUAAUAAAAAAAAAAGUAAAAGAAGCAACAAGUUCAGAAGAUUUAAUUUCAUUAAUUGCAUGAAUUUGCUGGGUUUUAGGUUGCAAAAAAUGUCCAUGAAUUAGAGCCAGAACCUCAAAGAAGAAAACCCUAGUAAUUGACUUAAUUGCAAGUACAGCAUCGCCAACAAUUAUACAUGAAAUCCAAAUUUCAAUUCGUUUUACUUUAACAACCUAUCAGUAAAAAGAGACAUUCUAUAUUAUCAAAGAAGAAGUGAGGUGGGAUGAUGUGUAUUAAGUAAUUUACACGACAACCCAAGAUAUUACUUGUCCUAUUUGUAUAAGUGAUCAUGACAUCAUUAUUCCUUACAUUACACCAUGUGGCCAUAUUUAUUGUCUUCCAUGUUAUCAAAGACAUAAAUUGUAAUGUAAAUUAAUAAUUCUUUAAUAAUUUAGCGAAAUUUAAUUAAAAGUGUCCCCUUUGUGGAGAAUUGGCUGUUAUGAGUGAAUUGAAAUCCGUUAAAAUUAUCAAACAUAAAAUUAAAAACUCUGGAGACGCAGUACUUUUAAAUCACAUUUAAAGAUAUAAAAACGAAACUUAAUUAUAUAUUAAUGGAAAAGAAUCUAUAGUUUAUGCAAGAACUUUAAUUGCAAAUGAAUCCUAUAUAUUAAAAAUAUUUGAGGAAGAGAUUCAAUAACUUCAAAAGUAAAAGCCAAUAAUUAUUCAAGUUAUUUUGAAUUUUGUGAACCUGAAAUUUAAGAGCCCGUUUAAUCAUCAGUCUAAUUUCUUCUGGAAAGACAAGAUAAAUUACCAAAAAAGAAUCUAAAUCUUAAACCUGAAAUUGCACUUCAAUAAUUUCCUUAAAAAAAUGAAAUUAUUUAUAAGUUUUUCCAAGAUUCAGAUGGUCUUCUUGGUUUCUUACAUCCUUUAUGUCAUAAAUAUAUCGCUCUUUAAUAUGGUAAUGAUCGUCUUCCUCAAUAAAUUCAAUCCAUUUUAAUACAAAAGGACUAAUUUACUUAGAACGAUUAUACAUUAGCAAGAUAUAAGUAUAUCUACACAUAUCUUAUUUUAGAUUUCUUUCUCAUAUUCCGUUACAUACAGAAAUCUAUUUUUAUGAGAUUGAUUUAAAGAAUAUUUUAAAUCAUGAAACUUUCAAGGAUUAUUAACGGGAAGUAUAAAAUAAAUGAAUAUUUAGAUUUCAGAUUAUAGAGAAAGAUAAAGAAAGGAAAAACUAAGAUAAGAAGAAAAAUAUAAUUAAAUUUAAGCAUAUUAAAUUUAAAAAUAAUAUUAAUAAGAAAAUGGAAAUGAUUUCUACUAUUAAAAUUCAUUAGUGGAUGAAUUUUAAUUUGAUGAAUAAGAUUUUCCAGAAUUGCCAGUAAUAAAAAAUGUUAUUUAAUAAGAAAAUGAUAUGGAAGAUAAAGGAGAAAUAGAUUAAUAAUAAUAAUAAUUAUAAUAAUAAUAACAAUAAUAGUAAUAAUAAUAAUAAAAAUCUUAAAUUAAUUAAAAUGAUGCUAUCAAUUUAGAUUUAGAAUCUUAAUUUCCAAGUAUAAAUGAAGAAUGUUCUCAAAUUAAAGUAAAUCCAUUUUAAAAGACUUGGGGUUAAUAAUAAUAAUAAAAAGUAGAAUAAAAGGUUGAAACAGAGUAGUUGAUAAAGAAAGAAACGACAAAUCAAGAAGUUGUAAAAUUAAGUGAUUUAGACUUUCCUGUAAUUGUUAAAUAAAAAAAUAAAAAAAAGAAAUAAAAUCAGAAGGAGUGA